CUAGCUCGUAAUCACAUAUAUCUUCAGGUCUCUUUCUACACUGCGGAGAAACUAACGAUGACUAGGUGCUUUAGCCUGACAGGUUCCAUUAACUGGUUAUACCAGAUCUCAUUCUCCUUCUCCGGCCUUCGACCAACCGUCACCGACAUCGGCGACGGCACCGUGAUGCACUGUUGGGUCCCCAACAACCGGAACCCAAACAAGCCCAACAUACUCCUCAUCCAUGGCUUCGGCGCCAAUGCCAUCUGGCAAUUCGACAUUAAUACUCUCCGUCUCUUCCUUCCUUACUUCAACAUCUACGUUCCUGAUCUUCUUUUCUUCGGCGGAUCUCACACGAUCCGACCUGAGAGAUCCGAGUCGUUCCAAGCACGUUGCGUUAUGCGGCUAAUGGAGGUCAUAAUUGGAUCGUCGGUGGAGGGGUUGAGAGUGGUGGGGAUGAGCUAUGGUGGGUUUGUGGCGUAUAGCUUGGCGGCGCAGUUUCCAGCGUCGGUGGAAAGAGUUGUGAUAUGUUGCGCUGGAGUAUGUUUGGAAGAGGAUGAUCUUACUAAUGGGUUGAUGAAGGUGUCGGAUCUUGAAUUGGCGGCUGAUAUCUUGGUGCCGCAGACGCCGGAAAAAAUGAGGGAGUUGAUUUCUUAUACGCUUGUCAAGAAACCGAUCUGCCUUCCUUCAUGCCUUCUUUGGGAUUUCAUUCAAGAGAUGUUUAAGGACAGAGUGGAAGAGAAAAAGGAUUUGCUUCGGGCAGUUGCAAAAGACAGAAAACUCUCUAACCUUCCCAAGAUCAAUCAGCCAACACUAAUAUUGUGGGGAGAUCAAGACCAAGUGUUCCCCGUAGAACUUGCAUACAGAUUGAAAAGGCAUUUGGGAGACAAUGCACAGCUGGAGAUAAUCAAGAACACUGGACAUGCCUUCUCUAUGGAGAAGCCCAAAGAAUUCUAUAGGCAUCUUAGAAGCUUCCUCAUUCAUCAAUAAUUGUCUUCUCCUUCCAACAAUACAAGUAGUAACCAUAAGAUUGAGAAACACAAGUGACAAACCCAUGAUAAUUAAUGUAUUCUCUCUAGUUUUUUUUUUUAUAAUAUUAUUA